CCUGCUCUUCGUGAUCCCCGUCCACCACCUGCUCUUCGUGAUCCCCGUCCAUCAGCUGCUCUUCGUGAUCCCCGUCUAUCACCUGCUCUUCGUGAUCCCCGUCCACCACCUGCUCUUCAUGAUCCCCGUCCAUCACCUGGUCCAUCAGCUCGUGGAAAAGAGCUAGCUAUAGCAGGUGGUAGUAUACCUUCCGUUGGUGUUGGUGGUGGGCCAGAGCUAUCUAAAGCAGGUGGUAGUAUACCUGCCCUUGGUGUUGGUGGCGGGCUAGAGCUAGCUAUAGCAGGUGGUAGUAUACCUGCCCUUGGUGUUGGUGAUCCCCGUCUAUCGGCUCGUGGACCACAGCUAGCACCGGAUGGAAGGCGGAGGUCUCGUGAAACACUAUCUCUACCUCCUGAUGCUUCUAGCACCCUCUACAUAGAGGGACUUCCUUCAGACUGCCCCAGAAGAGAAGCAGCACAUAUCUUUCGUCGUUUUACAGGCUACAAAGAAUUGAGACUUGUUAAAAGGGACUCAAAAUAUCCUGCUAAACAUCCUCUUAUUCUUGGGUUUGUGGAUUUUGAAAAUCCAACCUAUGCUGCUACUGCUUUGAGGGCAUUACAAGGUUACAUAAUGGACGAUCAUGACAACAAUUCUCCUUACUUGAGGUUGCAGUUCUCUAAAUUUCCAGGCAGGAGACUUACUGGUCGUGGGAAGCGAUAAAUUAUAUCGAUUCAAGUACUGCUCUGUUUGAAUUUAGUUAUGUAUUAUCUACUGUUACUGAAAACUGCAAGUGUACAAUUGGCGCAACAAUGGUGCUACUAGCCAUUCUAUUGGUUUUUGAAGCGGAGUUUUCCGCUUCAACAACCUGUGAAACUUAGUUUCUCAGACUUGAACUUUUAUCUUCUUCUAAAACAUGGAUUAUGUGAUGAUCAAGUUUUCUUUUUGUUGUGUA